CCACCCCCCCUUUCGCCGCUGCCGCCGCCGCCGCCGCCGCCGCCCCGGGCAUGUCGUCCAACUGCACCAGCACCACGGCGGUGGCGGUGGCGCCGCUCAGCGCCAGCAAAACCAAGACCAAGAAGAAGCAUUUCGUGUGCCAGAAAGUGAAGCUAUUCCGGGCCAGCGAGCCGAUCCUCAGCGUCCUGAUGUGGGGGGUGAACCACACGAUCAAUGAGCUGAGCAAUGUCCCUGUCCCUGUCAUGCUAAUGCCAGAUGACUUCAAAGCUUACAGCAAGAUCAAGGUGGACAAUCAUCUCUUCAAUAAGGAAAACCUCCCCAGCCGCUUCAAGUUCAAGGAGUACUGUCCUAUGGUGUUCCGAAACCUCAGGGAGAGGUUUGGGAUUGAUGACCAGGAUUACCAGAACUCAGUGACACGAAGUGCCCCCAUCAACAGCGACAGCCAAGGCAGGUGUGGCACGCGUUUCCUCACCACCUAUGACCGGCGUUUUGUCAUCAAGACUGUGUCAAGUGAGGAUGUGGCCGAGAUGCACAACAUCUUAAAGAAAUACCACCAGUUCAUAGUGGAGUGUCAUGGCAAUACCCUCUUGCCACAGUUCCUGGGCAUGUACCGCCUGACUGUGGAUGGUGUGGAAACCUACAUGGUGGUCACCAGGAAUGUGUUCAGUCAUCGGCUCACUGUACAUCGCAAAUAUGACCUCAAGGGUUCUACUGUUGCCAGAGAAGCGAGUGACAAGGAAAAGGCCAAGGAUUUGCCGACAUUCAAAGAUAAUGAUUUCCUCAACGAAGGGCAGAAGCUGCACGUGGGAGAAGAGAGUAAAAAGAACUUCCUGGAAAAACUGAAGCGAGACGUUGAGUUCCUUGCCCAGCUGAAGAUCAUGGACUACAGUCUACUGGUGGGCAUCCACGACGUCGACCGGGCAGAGCAGGAAGAGAUGGAGGUGGAGGAGCGAGCAGAGGACGAGGAAUGUGAGAACGACGGGGUGGGUGGUAGCCUGCUCUGCUCCUACGGCACGCCUCCAGACAGCCCUGGCAACCUCCUCAGCUUCCCCCGCUUCUUUGGACCAGGCGAGUUCGACCCCUCUGUCGACGUCUAUGCCAUGAAAAGCCAUGAAAGUGCCCCUAAGAAGGAGGUCUAUUUCAUGGCCAUCAUCGACAUCCUCACACCGUAUGAUGCUAAGAAGAAAGCUGCACAUGCUGCCAAAACAGUGAAACAUGGGGCAGGGGCUGAGAUCUCCACUGUGAAUCCGGAGCAGUACUCCAAACGAUUCAAUGAGUUCAUGUCCAACAUCCUGACGUAGUCACCUCCGCCUUCUGCCAGGGCCAGACUGCUGGACAAGGGGUCGGGGAUCGGGAGAGGGAAAGGGUGUAUUGGGGCUAGCAGGGAGGGUAGGGAGCAGAGGGGGGUCAAGAGGGCUUUAGUAAAGGGACUGCAGCCUGUGACACAGAGCAGCUCCAGCAGGGAGGGAGGGAGGGAGGGGACGUGCUGUUGGUGCGCGUGCUCACAGGAUGUAGCCUUACUUCUGCUCACCCUUGAUAUGCCCCUUUGUCCCUGGUUAAACGGGCUCCCCUCUUGGUAUCUUGUAACCGUUGAUGAUACGUUGGGGCUAGAGAUGAUUUUGUGGGUUUCUUUGGGUUUGUUUCUGAAAUUCAUUGCUCCAGGAUUGCUAUUUCUAAUGCUCUGUGUCAUCACCCUAGCCACCUCCCUGUCCCUACCAGGCUCUCAGUUUCCUUCAGUUAAGACGGGCACAGUUGCUCUGACACCGUGAGAGGAGGUCAGACACCUCAGUCAGCCAUGUUUUGAUCUCACCUAGAAGGACUUUUUAAUUUCCUGGAGUAUUGUGCAUAGCUCCCUCCAUGUUUCCACCUUGGAUCCAAGUGAAAUGUUACAUUCACUCCUCCAUCCUGUCCUCGCAGAAGGACAUUGCGGGUUGACCCCAACAUCUUGGACCAGAGUCAGAGGCCUCAGAGGGGAACAGGUUCAUCUUCAUGAGAUGAUGAGUGACCAGAAAGCAGCUGGGUCCUCAGACAGCUGGUUCUCAAAGAACCCAGUGAUCACCACCCCAGCCGCCUGCGCCUCGGACCUGGAAUCGGGAUGUCUGUCAAGCCUGCCUCCCACUGGCUCGAGGGGAACUAGAAAGCUUCUUCGAGUUUAUCAGGACCCCUGUGUUUCAAUGGAAUCCCAGAAACUAAUACGUAUCAAACGGGGUCGUGUGCAUCAUCCAUAUCCUAACUCCUGACCUCUGGCGUGCAGUCACCUGUAACUGGCAUAUGGUCAGGGGCAGAGCCCUAAGUACCUGGGUGCUCACUGCAGAGACACCACUCCAAGCCCCGGCCUACCGUGUAGGUGUCUGGCUCCCUGUGCCUGUGAUUUCCCACUGGGUAGCUUCAGCCAGCAAGGUGCUCCACCCAAGGUUGCUUGAGUCACUUGUGGAUGUGACCCAGGAAAGCCUAUUUGGAGGCCAGAUGUGGGGCUUGACCCAUCCCCCCCAGCCUCAGGGCUGAUUUUCCUUACCCUCUCACCCUUUCUGAACUUGGGAUCUGCCUACAGGCCUCCUCGGAAAGAGCGACAUCCUGCAGCCUCCUUCAGGAUUCCGGCCCAGGGCCUCAGAAGGGAACUACCCAAGUCAUUCUGAUGCCACCAGAGUAACUGGUGGCCAGGAAGAAAAAUGGCCCUGUUGGCCUGCACUGGGAGAGGUACAUUCCUACCUCCUCCCAACCCCUCAGAAGGAAUCAGGAAUUUAGGAUGAGAUGGAAAAUUUGUAGAUAACCCCAAAGAUGUGAAGCGGGUUUGUGGAACUGUCUCGGGUGAAUAGAGGACUUCCUGUGACUGCCUCCCAAGCUAGCCAAGCUCAGCUGUGGGAGCUGGAGCCAUUGUGCGGUCCUCCAUACCCAGCGCUGAGAGAGGAAGCAAGAUAGCAGUCUGCUUCUUUUCUAGACUGCCACAUUGGGCGGAAGCCCUUCUGGUGAGGCAGAUGGGGGCCACACUCCUGCCCAAGAAGAGUAGAGGUAAGGUUCUGUGCAUCAGAACCGGAAGGGUCUUGGGGAAGUACCAGAACCACAUGGUUCAUGGAGAAAUGUUUUUAAUUUAGGAGAGGGUUAUGUAGGAAUAAUGUCUGGACUGAUUUCUCCACCUCACAAUCAAGAGUGAAAAAUCCGCAUCUGCUCCCAGUAGCCCCAAGCUUGGAAGCCGAGGCUGAUCCUAUUGUCCUGCGUAUGAAAAGUGUAACAAUCUUAUCAAAGCAACUACGGGGAUCUAACUUGUUUAACAUUGAGUUUUGUGGGGGUUUUG